AUGAAUGCAAACGCACUGCGGGCGUACUUUAGGGCAAAAGGGGAAGAAACUGGAUGUUUGGCGUAUCGGGCUAGGAUGCAUCGUCUUUUUGCUGAGCUGGAGCCAUCUUUAACCGUCACAGAGCAAAACCUGGCAGACCGAGUUCGGUACAUCUUGCGCUCAAAUAUAUUUGAUGUCGCCGAACUCGAACGGCUACGACGUGAGGCUGUUCCCUCGUCGGAUGAGAAUGCUACGGAUGAGGAUGCGGCGCCACUAAUGGUAGAGCAACCCGCAAAUGUGGAUGCCGCCGUGAAUACCUCAGUUGUGGUUGAUUCAAACGAUGAUGGAACAGUCGCCCAGGAACCGGAAUUAGAGCAUAUGAGGAAUACAUUGGAAGAGGCGAUUGUGGAAACGCGCAGUACGCCUCUCGAAAAUAAACCGCGACUUCCCCGCAUAGCCCUAAGCAAGCGGAAUCGGGCUGUCGUGAGGGCUCUGAACCCAAUGCUGGUGACCUAUUUGGAAGCCAGCCGGGACCUUUGCGAGACGGACUCAAUUCUUUUUGGCGCCGCGCUGGCAGUCUGCCGUAUCAUAGGCGCCAAGGUUUCCACGGCUGGACGCGCUAAUGGCCAUAGUAGCGCUAUCCCAGCAUGGAGAAGAAGAAUUGAGGAACGUAUCGCAAAGGCUAGAGCUCUCAUCGGCAGACUGAUAUGCUACAGAUCAGGCAACAACAGGCCAAGAAUUGUGCGCACCGUCAGGAUGGCGUUUGCUGGGACAAAUGUCAGUUUGUACCAGCCGGAUAUAACGCAAAAACUGACGGAGCGCAUAGAUGAUCUGAAGUAG